ACAGAGUUGUGAACCGGCCUUGCUAGUGACUGACGAGCCCGCCCACCAUGGCGAGCCCCACUCUGAGCCCCGACUCCUCGUCCCAGGAGGCCCUGUCAGCCCCCACCUGCUCCCCCACCUCUGACUCUGAGAACCUCAGCCCCGAUGAGCUGGAGCUGCUGGCCAAGCUCGAAGAGCAGAACCGGCUCCUGGAGGCGGACUCCAAGUCCAUGCGCUCCAUGAACGGCUCACGGAGGAACAGCGGCUCCUCACUGGUGUCCAGCUCCUCAGCCUCCUCCAACCUGAGCCACCUGGAGGAGGACACAUGGAUCCUGUGGGGCCGAAUCGCCAAUGAGUGGGACGAGUGGCGGCGUAGGAAGGAGAAGCUGCUCAAGGAGCUGAUCCGAAAGGGCAUCCCGCACCAUUUCCGGGCCAUCGUGUGGCAGCUUCUGUGCAGCGCCACGGACAUGCCUGUCAAGAACCAGUACUCUGAGCUGCUCAAGAUGUCCUCGCCGUGCGAGAAGCUGAUCCGCAGGGACAUCGCCCGAACCUACCCGGAGCAUGAGUUCUUCAAGGGCCAGGACAGCCUGGGUCAGGAGGUGCUCUUCAACGUCAUGAAGGCGUAUUCGCUGGUGGACCGGGAGGUGGGCUACUGCCAGGGCAGCGCCUUCAUCGUGGGCCUUCUCCUUAUGCAGAUGCCCGAGGAGGAGGCCUUCUGUGUGUUCGUGCGGCUGAUGCAAGAGUACCGGCUGCGGGAGCUCUUCAAGCCCAGCAUGGCGGAGCUGGGGCUCUGCAUCUAUCAGUUCGAGUACAUGCUGCAGGAGCAACUCCCGGACCUCAACACCCACUUCCGCUCCCAAAGCUUCCACACGUCCAUGUACGCCUCGUCCUGGUUCCUGACCCUUUUCCUGACCACCUUCCCACUGCCCGUCGCCACCCGAGUCUUUGACAUCUUCAUGUACGAGGGGCUGGAGAUUGUGUUCCGAGUGGGCCUAGCCCUGCUGCAGGUGAACCAGACGGAGCUGAUGCAACUGGACAUGGAGGGGAUGUCCCAGUAUUUCCAGAGGGUAAUCCCCCACCAGUUCGACAGCUGCCCAGACAAGCUGGUUCUCAAGGCCUACCAGGUCAAGUACAACCCCAAGAAGAUGAAGAGGCUGGAGAAGGAAUAUGCGGCCAUGAAGAGCAAGGAGAUGGAGGAGCAGAUCGAGAUCAAAAGGCUUCGGACGGAGAACAGGCUCCUGAAACAACGGAUUGAAACCUUAGAGAAGGAGAGCGCUGCUCUGGCUGAUAGGUUAAUCCAGGGACAGGUGACACGGGCGCAGGAGGCGGAGGAGAACUACGUCAUUAAGCGGGAGCUGGCAGUGGUGCGACAGCAGUGCAGCUCGGCGGCGGAGGACCUGCAGAGGGCGCAGAGCACCAUCCGGCAGCUGCAGGAGCAGCAGGAGAACCCACGCCUCACAGAGGACUUCGUGGCCCACCUGGAGACGGAACUGGAGCAGUCGAAGCUGCGGGAGACAGAGACACUGGGGGCCCUUCGGGAGAUGCAGGACAAGGUUCUAGACAUGGAGAAGAGAAACAGCUCCCUGCCCGACGAGAACAACGUGGCGCGGCUGCAGGAGGAGCUGAAGGCGCUCAAGGUGCGGGAAGGCGAGGCGGUGGCCUCGGCGCGAGAGCUGAAGCUGCAGCUGCAGGAGCUCUCGGACACCUGGCAGGCCCAUCUGUCCCGCGGCGGCCGCUGGAAGGAGUCCCCGCGGAAGCUGGUCCUGGGCGAGCUGCAGGACGAGCUGAUGAGCGUGCGACUGCGCGAGGCCCAGGCCCUGGCCGAGGGCCGCGAGCUGCGGCAGCGCGUGGUGGAACUCGAGACGCAGGACAACAUCCACCGCAACCUGCUGAACCGCGUGGAGGCGGAGCGCGCGGCGCUGCAGGAGAAGCUCCAGUACCUGGCGGCGCAGAACAAGGGGCUGCAGACGCAGCUCAGCGAAAGCCGCCGGAAGCAGGCGGAGGCCGAGUGCAAGCUGUCCCCGCGCGACGCGCGCUUCUUCCGCCGGCUGGAGCGGCCGGCCAAGGACAGCGAGGGCAGCUCGGACAGCGACGCCGACGAGCUGGCCGCACCCUACAGCCAGGGCCUGGACAACUGA